AAUAAUAUAAUAUUUUCUCUUCAUUAUAAAAUAACAAUAAUAUUUUUAGUUAUAUUUUGUAUAUUAAUAACACAGAAACAAUAUUUUGGUGAUCCAAUUGACUGUGUAGUAAAUGAUAUCGAUUCUAAAGUCAUGAACCUGUAUUGUUGGAUUCUUUCUACCUAUACUACUUCAAAGGAUGGAAAAAUCAAAUUUUAUCAUAAAUAUUACCAAUGGGUUGCCUUAUUUCUCUAUUUUCAGAUUAUGAUGUUUUACUUUCCUCAUUACUUAUGGAAAAUAUUAGAAGGAGGAAAGAUUAAGAUGUUAGUCUCUCAUCUCAAUAAUUCUAUUGUAGAUGAUACAAUUAAACAGAAUAGAAUUAAAUACUUAAUAAACUAUUUUACACUCAACUUACAUUCUCAAAAUAUUUAUGUUUACAAAUUUUUUGGCUGCGAAAUUCUUAAUUUCGUAAAUGUUAUAGGACAAAUAUACUUGACUAAUAGAUUUUUAGGAUACAAAUUUUUAACUUAUGGUACUCAAGUAAUAGCUUCCAGUACACAUAUGAAUGAAUUAUUCCCAAAAGUAGCAACGUGUACUUUAUACAAACAUGGUUCAUCUGGAUCUAUAGAAAAAAUUGAUAGUCUUUGUGUUCUUUCUCUGAAUAUAGUUAAUGAAAAAAUAUUUCUUUUUUUAUAUUUUUGGUUUAUCAUAUUGGCAGUGUGUUCAGUAUUGGGUAUAAUAUACCGACUAGCAACUUUUGUACCCAUUAUUAGAAAUACCAUUCUAAUUAUGAAAGUUCAUCGUCACCAUCGUCUUUCAAUUAAAAAAAUUUCCAAAAAAUGUAAAAUAGGCGACUGGUUCUUUUUAUAUCAAUUAGCCAAAAAUAUGGAUUCACUGAUCUACGAAGAAUUUAUUCAAAAAUUAGAUUUAAGUCUUCAAAGAUAA